UAUUUGUGAACCCGGAACGUAACUGAAAUCAUUCGGGUUGCGUUGGUUUGGUAACGCUAAAAAGUUUUAUUUUUAAAUUAAAUUGUAUUUUGUAGUAUCUAACUGUAUUAUUAAGUAAUCUAUUUAAAGGAGUAUAAACUAAGUAUAAUUAUUCAAUCAUGAAUUUGGAAUUACUGGAAUCAUUUGGUCAAAACUAUCCUGAGGAAUUCGACGGUACGCUAGACUCAAUAUCACUGGCAGCUACAUGCGCCUUCAACAGAAGAGGAACUCUUUUAGCCGUGGGCUGCAAUGAUGGCAGGAUAUUCAUAUGGGACUUCCUUACGAGGGGGAUAGCUAAAUCAAUAUCUGCUCAUGUCUAUCCUGUUUGUAGUCUUAGCUGGUCGAGAAACUGUAAAAAGCUCCUUUCAGCAUCAACAGACCACAAUGUAUGUAUAUGGGAUGUUCUCUCUGGAGAGUGUGAACAACGGUACAGGUUUCCCACUCCAAUACUAAGGGUACAAUUUGACCCAAGAAAUGACAAGAGAUUCCUAGUGUGUCCUAUGAGACAUGCUGCGUUGCUGGUAGAUACGGAUGGAGAACAUAAAAUAUUACCUAUUGAUGACGAUGGUGACAUAAAUGUAAUAGCAUCAUUUGAUCGAAGAGGAGACCAUGUUUACACAGGAAAUGCAAAAGGAAAGAUAUUAAUAUUAGACACGCAAAGCUUAGCAAUUAAGGCUAGUUUCAAAAUAACUGUUGGCACGUCCAGUACUACUAGUAUCAAAAGUAUAGAAUUUGCAAGAAGAGGAGACUGUUUUCUCGUAAACACGUCGGAUCGAGUCAUACGAGUGUAUGACACUAACACAGUUCUCAAAUGUGGAGUAAACGGCGAACCUGAACCUAUACAGAAAUUACAGGAUCUUGUCAAUAAAACAACAUGGAAGAAAUGCUGUUUCUCCGGCGACGGGGAGUACAUCUGUGCUGGGUCAGCUCGGCAACAUGCUCUGUACAUCUGGGAGAAAUCCAUCGGGAACCUCGUAAAGAUACUGCACGGGACCAAGGGAGAACUGCUGUUGGACGUCGUCUGGCAUCCCAUCAGGCCUAUCAUUGCUAGUAUUAGUGCAGGAGUUGUAUCAAUAUGGGCUCAGAACCAAGUGGAGAACUGGUCGGCCUUCGCCCCUGAUUUCAAGGAGUUGGAUGAAAACGUGGAGUAUGAGGAACGAGAGAGUGAGUUCGAUGUGGAAGAUGAAGACAGGUCGGUAGACCAGACCGGGGAGAGUCAUGAUGAUGAAGAAGUUGAGGUGGACGUAACGACUUGCGAGCCGGUCGCCGCAUUCUGCAGUUCUGAUGAAGAGGGCGAAGACGAACAUAUGCUAUCCUUCCUGCCCAUCGCACCCGAGAUUGAAGACCCAGAGGACGGCUGGGCAGCCACUCAAGAGACAGUAACUCCUACGGAAACACCUGAGAAGUUGGAGCCUGCAGCUAAAAGACCUAAGAGUAAAACCUAUGAUAUAUCACUCAAGAUCGCACCACCUGAACAACCUUUAUCAUUUGGCGGCAAAAAUAAACAAGCAGCGGGAAGUAAAAAAGUCGCCGGUAGACCUCGUAAAUAAAGUAUUUUAUUAUAA